AUGCUAAGCCACUGCGACGCUUUCACAUUGUGGAAGGGUCAAAGCAUUAUAGGAAAAACAAUACAAUAUGAGUGCGAUGCGGAACACGAGUCAAGAAAUGUUUCAUCUACAGCAAUAUUUGAUAAAUCUCUUCAAGAUAACGACGACGAAAACGCUCCACCCAUAAUAUUUAAGAAUACAAACCAAAAUAUUGAUUCCGAAUACGCGAAACAUCUGGAUCACAAUGAAUACGAAUGUGAAGUUGAACCUCCUUCAUACUUUGAUUUCAAAGAAACGGUUUCCUAUUAUUCAGAUGGAAUAAAGGAUGAGAUAAAUGAGGCAGAUUUUAGUCUUGAAAAACACUUCAAUUGUUCAAAUCAAGAUUUUAGCGGUGAACUUUCGCCUAAGCAAACAGAUGUUCAGUCACCCAAUCUUUCGCUCGAGCAAGCUGAAGAUGGGUUAACGCCUAUGUUUUCGUUUCAAGAUGAAGAAUAUCCCGGCGUGAUAACUUUUACAUCAAGCUUUGUUCGCUCAGGAUCUUCCUUUCUUUUAACAUCCCCUCCCCGCCCAACAUUUUGUCCCUAUUCUUCUUCUGACGACGAAUCAGAUUAUGCAAGAUCUCCUCCAUAUUUUCCGACAUCUCCGUCAUAUAUUCCAUCUCCUGAAUACAGACCCAUAUCUCCUUCAUACUCACCCGAAUAUUUUUCGAGCAAUAUAAAUCCACCGGAAUCCACCUCUCAAGAAAUUUCACCGCCAUCUCCGAUACCAGGUGUGGGAGUUGAUUAUUUCACGACCGUGCCGCCAGAAAUUUUCAUUUUGAUUUGUCGGACUCUUUCUGCCAAGGAUCUAUUUAACCUUUGCCGAGCUUGCAAGAGGUUUAACUUAUUCCUUUGCGAAUCGAGUUCCACCUCUACCCAACAUAUUUGGCGUAUCGUAAGAGAAGAAACGUUUCCGAUAUCAAAGAACGAUGUCCCACCCCAGGGUAUUGAUGAAAGAGAAUAUAUGAAAAAAUUAAUGGAGCGAAGAUGUAAAUUCUGCAAACAUUUGCAUCACUCUGGGUAUUCUACUUUUCUUGUGGAAAUGUCCAACACUUCGCAUUAG